UAGAAAUAUUACGUAGCCUAUAUUUAUGCUGUUUAUUUUAAUAAAAAAAAAUAUAUAUUGACUUUUUGAGUUCACCAUGCUAAAUACUGUUCAUAUCAAGGACUGGCGUCUCAUGAAUGUCUUCUCCUGUACAUUUUACUGCGAGGUGAUUUACUGUACCCAACAGGUGUGUCGCGUGGAAGCACUUCCUGUUGAACUUCGUUGUAAGAUUGUCUCGCUAUGGCUACAGAAGAGCUGGAUAAAAUGAAUGUUAUUACAGACUUGUCAAACAAGGCCAUAGAGGAGUAUGAAGGCCUGCAGAGGAAGCAUGAGACCGCAACCAUGGAGUGCAAGAGGCUGGAGGAGGAGAGAGACGAAGCCAUCAAGAAGCUCAAUGAAUUCCAGCAAGUUUCUCAGAUGGUCAUUGAAGAGGUUAAUGCCAUUCAGGAAAACUUGGAGAUUGAGAGGACGUGUAGGGAAGGCGCUGAAGCCCUGGCCUCUAAGUUAAACCGUCAGAACUGCUCUCUGAAGAGGAAAAGCAUGAUGUUGCUGUCCCACCUUAGCCCAGAGACCAUCACUGAGAUCAACCUCGAGGAUGAAAAAGAUGAGGAGGAGGAGGAGGAAAGUGAUGAACUAGCCAGCAAGGUCUGCCUCUCCCCGCAGUGCCCGUCCAUCAUCUCAGACCUUCAAAGUCAAUUGGAAUUCACACUGAAGGAGAAAAAUCAAGCAAUGUUGGAUCUUGAGGCAGCGAGAGAUCAACUGAAGCAUACCAGAGAGGAGCUGCUGAAAGAGAAACAUGAUAACACUGUUUUAAUUGCUGAGACAUUGCAGCAGAAGAAGCUCCUGGGCAAAUAUAACAGAGUGUCUCACUUUGCGGUGGAGGAAUUUGAAACCUUACAGGACACCCUGAGCUUGGAGCGGGACCUGAGAACAGAGGCCGAGAAGUUUGCCAGAGCGAUGUUGGUUGAGCAAAAGCAGCUAAAGAGACAGAGUCAGAUCCUGAUGCAGAGCUCCUUGCCCAGUCAAGCUCUACAGGAAGCCCUCAGCCAGGUCACCAGACUGACCAAAGAUCUGGAGUCCCAGAGGCUUGAGCACCAAGAUCAGAUAAAGCAGAUGGAGGAGAGGCUGAGGAGCUGUGAGGCUCAGAAGGAUCUGACAGCAUUGAGGCGUAAACUAGAACUUAUGGAGGAGGAGAAGAUGGAUUACCUCGACAAGUUCUCCAAGGCUGCAGUGGAGGUCAAAGAUCUGCACUUCACAGUUGAAGAGCUCCAGAAGAAGCUGCAGGCAGCCACCAACCCACCCCCAGCACCAGCACCACCACCUCCCCCACCACCUCCCCCUCCCCCGGCCCCAGCACCCCUAGCCUCCAACCCACUCAGUUCACUGUUGUCAUUGAUCCGGAAGAGAAGAAACAUUAGUACUGACAUCCCAUUGGUGGACAAAGACUCUGCUGAGACACCAGGGGUGGACGUCAGGCAGCAGGCCGUGGAUGAAAUGAUGCAAAGGAUCAAGAAAGGUGUUCAACUUCGACCUGUUACUCACUCACCCACCAGAACCAGAAGACAGAUGGAGAGGCUGCCCUCUAAUUCUGCCUAUCAGGAACUUAAAGGAAUCAUGGAGAGUUUCAAUAGAACCUCCCACCAACCAAAGACAGUGGCUCCAGCAACAAACGACAAAAACGAGGAGCUGCAGAGGAUCCUGCUGAGACGGCGGGAUGCCCUGGAGUCCUAACACUUUACCAGUCACAAUUGCAUCCUCUCCCCCGUGCCGGGAAAGCUGCCACCCUUCCACCUGUUAAGACUGGAUGCAGGCAACGGAAGAACAAGUGAUAUAAAAUCAAUAUCCAGGAUUUAUUUUAGACAGUGCAUUGAAAUCAAUCAUUUUCCUGCACUAUGAGCAGUUAGAAAUACAGUUACAUGGAUCCUAUGUAGUUUCCACAUGAGGGGAAAAAAAGAUCGGAGCAGGUAUUCCGUUUGUGAUUCCAGCCGGAGAUUACACAGCAGCAGUGUAUCAGUGAAUUAUAUUGAGGCCAUUUAAUUUCAGUGAAAUGAAAGACGUGCAUCCCACACUGCCUUUUCAGGGUUCAUUCAGCUCUUUUUGUAAUACUGAAGGUGAAGCCGAAUUUAUUGUUUGCACUGUGAGGAACAGUCCCACAGGUUCUGCAGCCUUGAGCUUCUGCCAAAGGGAAGUAUGUCUGUGAAUUGUUCUGUCUGAACCAAUGUUAACCUUGUAGCCCCCCAGUGAGCAAUUACAGGCCACUGUGACACAUUUUGUUUCUACCGUUCCAUGAACACACCCCUACCUUCUCAGGACGGCAUUUCAUGGAGGGCACAGCCACAUCCUUUAGACAUAUCACUUCAAGGAUUUAGGACAAAUAAGGGGGCAGUUUUAUAAGCUCUUCAGGUUUUGUGGGAUUUCAAACCAAAACUGCUUCAAAAACAACAUACCACACACAUUGUGUCACAUCAGUGAAUGUGUGUUGUGACAUUGAGAAUCCGGUUUGAAUUUACAUUCGUUAUAUUCCUGGAUUUCAUUCCUUUUCAUGUUUUGAACAGUAAAAAGGCUUGAAGAGAAAAGCUGCCCAGUUUACAAUGUGAUCUACAUAAAGAGACAUUUUUAUAGAACAUGUGUCCAGUCAUAACAUGUUUAUACUGACAACACAGUUCAGUUCUCAUAAUAUAGAUUCAUGUUGUAAUGGUUCUGUACAGAAAAGCAAAGUUAGCAAGUUGUUUUUUUAACAGUGUUAAUGGGUCUGGAUAUUUUGUGAAGUGUAUUUUGUUUUGUUCCUCUGUUCUUACAUAUAUAUAAAAAAUAAUAAUAUUAACUUUAGACUAGGAUGGAUCGCCUCUCAGGGCCACCUUCAGAAAUAUUUUUUCCUUUCUACAAAAGUAUCUCUGAUUGGUCUAACUCCAGCUGCUUUUAAUGAGUAGUGUACAGACUGGUUAAGUAUCUGUAUGUUCAGUUUAAACUCAAGGUCUCAGUUUAGCUCCACAUUCAAUUUAAAUCUCCUCUCUGGAUUGUUGAUGACAUACAUGUCCAAUUUACUUUAUUUUUCAUAAUUAUUCAGUCAAAUGAUUGUGUAUAAAAUAUAUGUAUCUAAAAAAUGUUGGUUACUGUUGGAUACAUUUCUACUAUGGACUUGUGUGUGACUUUAGGGUCUUUGCAUGAGAGACAGCUUUUUUACAAUAUGUGGAAAUGUAUAAAUUUUUGGUGAUCAUAUUCUGUUUUAUUUAAUGAACCAAAAAAUUAAAGGACUGUGAUUUA